CCGCCUCCAGAGGAGCCCCCGCAGACGCCAUACUAAAAGUCAAAAUGGCUGCCCCAAGGAAGCCCGCACCGCGCAGCUAGUAAGGGUUGGGGAACAAGCUUCUGCGGGAAAGGGGGAGGGGGACUCUCGGAAGAGCCGUCGCCAGAACCGUAGGCAGGACUAUCGCCCCCCGAGCUGCAAAGCUACUACAAAAUGUGAAUAUGAUACUGUCAAGGGAGUCAGGGAGACAGCUCCAAUGCUCCUGAUGAAAGAAGCACUGGCCAUUGGUUCUAAUUACAGCCACCCCUUGACAUAACUUUUGAACUAUCUGGAAAAAUACCGCCCAGGGGAAAAAAAAAUGAUAAAAUUUUUCCUCAUGGUGAAUAAACAAGGACAGACCCGACUUUCUAAAUACUAUGAACACGUGGAGAUCAAUAAGCGUACACUUCUGGAAACGGAAGUCAUAAAGAGCUGUCUCUCCCGAUCUAAUGAACAAUGCUCUUUCAUUGAAUUUAAGGAUUUUAAGCUGAUAUAUCGACAGUAUGCAGCUCUAUUCAUUGUGGUUGGAGUUAACGACACUGAGAACGAGAUGGCCAUUUAUGAAUUCAUCCAUAAUUUUGUGGAAGUGUUAGAUGAGUACUUCAGCCGAGUGAGUGAACUAGAUAUAAUGUUUAAUUUGGAUAAAGUGCACAUCAUUUUGGAUGAGAUGGUGUUAAAUGGCUGCAUUGUGGAAACAAAUCGAGCAAGAAUUCUUGCCCCUCUACUCAUUCUUGAUAAAAUGUCAGAAAGCUGAAUGAUAGAAGGCUCUGCCAGACAACAUCAACCUGUAAAAAUGGGAAUACCUCUCAACAUCUGUAGCCCCAAAAAUGUGGAAGACUGCACACUGCAAAAGGGGGUGUCCUUUCAAAGACAUUUUAAAUAGGUGUUUUCCAUAGUUCCUAAAUGGAAAAUAAAGCUGUAUUUUAAAAUAUGGUCUACAAAGAAAAAUUUUCUCUGAACUAAGAGACGAGUCUUAUUUUCUAAACAUAAGCAUUUUUUUCCCACCUGUUCAAAUUUUUUUGAGUUCUGAGGGUAACUUUUUUGUUCUCUGUUUCCCUAUGCACAUUUAAUUCAGGAUUAGCAGCAUGGGAAGAACAUGUGACAACUAUCAGCCAAUAAAAUUUUAAACACCUAGUACUUUGAAUGUUUUCUAAAUGCUCUUUUUUCUUAAAAUGUUUUUAAGUCAAAACUUUACAGAAUUGUAUAACUAAUAAAAAUUGAGAAUUAAAUUUUAUUUGCCAGUUUCUAAAAAGCCUGAUAACCGUAUUAUUUGCACUUGGCAAUUACAAUGUCAUCAUGUUAUUAAUUCACUUAUAAUGUUACUACCAAAAAUGAAUGGUUACACAUUAAAAUGGUUACAACCAUUCUUUAGGCCA